UUUGAAUAUAAAGACGACCUUUUUCUUAUACUGCUCAACCAUCAAAACUGAAACACAAAAAAAAGAUUAAAAAAAAAACUCAAAAGACGAUGCCAUCACUCUUGUCUGGUGAAUCCAAUGGAGCGUUGCGAGAGCACCUACUGGACGUGGAGGCUCUGUCUGGUCAAGAACCGAAGAUACGGGUGAGAGACCUGACCCGAGUCUCCGAUGACGGAUCUCUGAUUCUGAAAGGAGUGUCGAUGGAUAUACCAAAAGGGAUGAUCGUUGGCGUGAUCGGUCCAAGUGGCAGCGGAAAGUCAACGUUUUUGAGAUCUCUCAACCGUCUCUGGGAGCCUCCGGCGACGACUGUUUUCUUGGACGGCGUAGACAUCGCGAGCAUCGACGUUAUCGCUCUCCGCCGUAGAGUCGGCAUGCUUUUCCAGCUUCCCGUUCUCUUUGAAGGGACGGUUGCGGACAAUGUGAGAUAUGGUCCGAACCUGAGAGGGCAUAAGCUAAGUGACAAAGAUGUCUACAAGCUGCUAACUCUCGCGGAUCUCGAUGCUUCUUUUGCAAAGAAGACUGGUUCUGAGUUAUCCGUCGGUCAAGCGCAGCGAGUAGCACUUGCAAGGACUCUAGCCAACGACCCCGAGGUGCUGCUUCUCGAUGAGCCAACGAGCGCUUUGGAUCCCAUAUCGACGGAGAACGUCGAGGAUGUUAUAGUGAAACUGAAGAAGCAGAGAGGGAUCACGACUGUGAUCGUCUCUCACAGUAUCAAGCAGAUCCAACGAGUUGCGGAUAUCGUCUGCCUUGUCGUUGAUGGAGAGAUCGUCGAAGUUCUUAAACCUGAUGAGCUAUCUCAAGCUACGCAUCCAAUGGCAAGGAGGUUUCUUCAACUCAGUUCUUAAGAAUAUGACAAAUGUUGUCUGAAUGUAACAAUAAGGUUUAUAUUUUUUUUUCCGCUGAAUUAUAUUAUUAAACCUUCAAGGUAAAAAAUUCUAAACAA